AUUUUUAAAUCACUGUUGAUGUUUGUUGAUAAAUGUUUAAAUCUUUUUCUAAAGGUCCAAACCCUGGGAUGUAUCCUCAGGCUGGGGGUCCAAGUCCUAUUAUGUACCCUCCAGGCAUGGGUCAAAACCCAGGGAUGUACCCUCAAGCUUCAACUGUAACAACCUCAGGGAGGCUGCCUUGUCUGCGUGAUCUACCCGGUCAGACCAUGUGCCCUCAUUGUAAGCAUCAAGUGAUCACCAUCACAGAUUACUACUCUGGACUCAUGGCUUGGGUGGCAUGCGGCUGUCUUGCACUCAUCGGAUGUUGGCCAUGCUGUAUAGUGCCAUUCUGGAUGGAUUCUUGUAAAGAUGUGGAGCAUCGCUGCCCUAACUGCAACAAGGUCCUCUCUUACUACAAGCGCCUGUGAUCUGCAAUACCACAUGGCCUUCAUGCUAGUUUGAUGUCUUUAAUUUCAACAUGAUCUAAUGGGAAUUAGACAUAGGAAUGUUUCAGUUUCACUUCACAUAUACAGCAAAUGUACAUUACAUUAUUUUUCAUUUAACUUUUAAACUUAUUAAAGUUACAGACGGCAUUGUGCUCAUAAUAAAACUACAGUCCUGAUUUUAAACGCGAUGGGUGUCAAGCUGUGAAACUUUAAAAAGGGAUAUAACAUUUCAUGUACAUGAACUAUAUCAAAGCUAUACAAGUCUAAACAUUUGACUUCUUUUACGAUAAAGAACACUUUGUAAUGGAGAUUGUAUUCUCUUAGUUAUCAGGUAAAUGAACUUGGCUUUUGUUGGGCAGCCUCAUCAACGUUUCAUUAUAUUGCUCUUCUUUAGUUAAAUUUCACUUCUGGGAAUCAAUCUUGUAUAAUAAGCUCAUCUUAAGUGAUUGUUUCAAGGUUAACCAUUGUGAUUAUCAUUAAAAUCCAUCAUAUUAGAUGUAUUGAAGAAAUCACGCUUAAUAUAUAGGAGCAGAAGCUAUAACUGAGGCUAUAACUGCUUUUCUUCCUGACCUAUAUCUUUAAUUAUAUUUAGUUUCUUGUUAUGUAGCACAUUUUCUUUCCUAAAUGUGACUUAAGGGCACUGUUUUUGACUGGAGACAGUCUCUAUUUAAUAACCCUAAAUGUAAAGUCUUGCUCAAGAACAAGAUAAUAUUGAAAGACCAAGUGGCUUU